AUGGCCUACACAAAAAAAUCUUUUCCGCUUUCCACCCACUUUGGAUCCGACAGUCUUCGUCAAGCCAGUCCAACAAGUAGCUCCAUUGGAACGUCAUCAAUCACACUCCAAAACACUUUACCACCGCCUAUAUCAGUUAACAUUGGAGUAAAGUGUCCUGCAACUGGUCAAGAGAACGUCUUUUUGGUCAAGUCGACUGAGAGCGUCGGUCACCUGCAUCGACACGCUUUGCUGCGCAGCGGUUUGGACGCCGAGGAGUUGCUCAACUACGGUCUCUACUUGCCCCCCCAGGGGAGCAGGAAGGGCAAGUUUCUGGAGGAUGAGCGCCCGAUUGCCGACUACCCGGAGCUCCUGGGGAGACGCAAAGACGACGACGAGGGCUCCGCGAACGGCGAUGUCACCCCCACCAAUGGGGUUCGCAUCAGCCCCGACUCCGGUGUUGGCCAGGACCCCUGCUGGCUUGAGCUUUUGUUCAAAGCGCGGGCGGACAUCGAAGACCCUUCCCCCCAGUCGCGUUUACGGAAGUUAAAAACUAAGGUUACGCAAAGUCACUUUAUGGAUCUGGUGCGAAAUCAAGACGUUCACAACAUCGAGAAACUACUUGCCAAGGGCUUCGAUCCGAACUUCUUGUCGCGAAAAGACGGAGAGGCCCCGAUCACGGCGGCGGCUGUGACCUUUCAUCCACGUGACCUCAUCAUAGCCCUCGUGAACGGUGGUGCCCACAUCGACUUCCGAGCGAGGGACUCCCACACCGCCUUGCACCGGGCCACCAUUUCUGGCAACUACGAGGCUAUUCAGACCCUACUUGAUCUGGGUCAGAAUCCCAACUGCAGAGACUGGCAGGGUUUGACGCCGCUCUACCACGCGGUAUCUACGGGCAUCUCUGCGCGCUGCACUCACGCCCUGCUCUACGACCACGCGAUCAUCGGCGUGGAGGACGAAAACGGGUUUCAGGAGAUCCAUCAGGCCUGCAAGGCAGACAGACCGCAGCACCUGGAGAAUUUGAUAGCCUAUGGCGCGGAUCUGAACGCGAAAACCAAACGGGGUCAGACGCCGUUGCACAUUUGUGUCUGGCACGAGGCCAACGACUGUCUGCGCCAGCUGCUGAUUCGUGGCGCCGACACGAGCCAAGUCAACGACGACAAUCAGACGCCCCUGGAGUACGCCCUGCUGACCAAUCGCAACGAACAGGCCAGCAUUCUGCAGAAAUUCGAUCCUGCUGACAUUGGUGCGUUCUGGGGUUUGCUAGUUCCGAUCAGAGAUCCACCAAGCUACAACACGUCCAGACGCCCGACUGUGAACGGUCCACGAGGCGCGGUCGCUUACACGCUGAUGCGACAGAACUCACCGGCCCUCGACAGCCUCAGUCUGAUUGUGUCGCCAGCGGACAGUCUGUUUGAGUCCUCCUCGGUGACUUUUGAUCGUCACUCCGUGACGAAUUUCGGCAGCCCCAAGAUCGGACGACUUUCGGAGACCUCGAGGAUAAGCCGGUCCACGCAGAGCCUCCACCAACCUGGAAUGAUGGAGGACUUGGCGUACGCUGGAACAACACCGCAGAUCAGGAAGGCGAACAACUUUGAUGGUGUAAUCCCUGCUUCCGAGAAGAUGUACAGUCGAACCGUUGCAAUGCGCAGAGGCCGAGUUGGCUUUGGUUUCACGCUAAAUGGAAUACCUCGACAGGUACUGGAGCGACGAGGCAAACGACCUUUUCUGAAUUCGCCGUCGAACCAGUUCGUCUCCUCCGUCACACCUGGAGGUCCAGCUGAUCGUGCUGGGGUGAAAGAAGGCGACUUCGUGCUCGAGAUCGAUGGACAGGACGUGAGGCAGGCGUGUCACGAGGACACGGUGGAGUGCAUCUUGAAUUGUGGCGAUUCCCUCAUCAUGCGCAUUACGACCCCGAACCAGCCUACUGAGAUGCGACAAUUGUACGGGCGCCAAGAGUACCACCGGUCUGUAGCCACACCGAAGGAUGAGAGCAGCAGUUUAAGUGCCAGUGACAACGAGAUCUUCAGUGAUAACACGAGGUCCCGAUCGAGCUGUCCACAGCGUCGUUACCGCGGCACUCCGCCAAUCGGGUUUCAGGAUAGCCCCCGCAGUCAGGAUAGGCAGAUACGCGAUCUAGCGAAGAGAGCGCAGUCAUCGCGGGGCUACGAUAACCGCAUCCACGCGCCAUCUCCGGCCGCGCACUCGAAGGAGCGGGUCUACGUGUUCGAGGAGGUCGAUGGCAAGGCACGUCUGAGCUUAAUAAUUUCUUUCUACUCACACAAAAUGAGUAGGAUUCCAUGCAACUCCGACGCCGAAUCAUCCGCGACUCGAUCGCUUAGGGGCCUGAAGGCGCCACAGAAGCACUCGUCCGUGACGCUGGAGUAUUCAGGCGAGCCUCUGGAAGCCGGCGAUGAGGACAUCUUCCAGUCACUUUCAACAGGACGACCCAAGGCAAGUCACUCGCUCGACGACGUGAGUGAGGCUGUUGAAGUCUUGUAUCCAUCGCGUCAGCCCGACAAAGAAACCAAGCGACGCAAUUUCAAGAAAGCCGACGACUCCAAGAACCUCUCGUGA